CGAAGUCUAAGUCCGGGAGGGGACGUCCGUAACAGCGGGCUAAUUUGCCUGUAUCUCAAUUAGAUAAGUCACAUAAUCUUUCCCCCUCUCUCCAUCCAAUAUAUUUCAGCUGAAUUUCUUCUGUCUAGCACCAACAACCAAAAAGCAUAGGGCUUACUUGUGUCUUUUGCGACCAAGAAUCAGCCCUAAAGUUGUCGGCUCGCCAUUCGCCAAGGUCUCUUAUUCUCGCAGCUGUCAUCAUCGAUUUAUUGACUGGCCUAGCCUGAUCCGAUUGAUGUAACCAUGAUAUGCAAGCCGUCUUACACCAUACGAGCGCUUUCCAGCUGUUGGUACCACCAGACUCCAAAUCUCACUGCUGAUUUAGUCCAAUGGGCUUCUUCGUAGGACGGAAAAGGUAUGCAGAGCCCAGGUGGGCAGGCCACCGAUAGGUAGGUUAGCUUCAAUAUUUGCCCUUCUGCGACCCGGUUGGAUUGAGACAUGUUGGCGACCGCUGCUGACCCUCUGUCUCUCACUUUUUUUUUGCGAUAAUCGUUUUCGUGAAGGUAGCGAAACAUAUCUCCUCUCACUCCUAUAACAUUGAUUUCUCAAUUCUCCUGGCUGUUGUUAGCUGUUCAUACAUAUAUAUCGAGUAGAUAUAGUCAUUCUGCAUGUGAAUUUCCAUCAUUGGUUCGCGAGGCUGUCCGGCUGUCUCACAGCGGUCGACCUCACAAAAUGGCAUCUAAAUGCACCAUCGCCACCCUCACUGUCACGCUACUCAUCGCAUCGCUCGUUAAUGUUUCUAUAGCUGCUGCUCACGCAAACUUAGGCAUACUCGACGGUGUUGCACUGUUUGAUCAACCCAAUCAUGCCUUCAAUCCCGGAUUUGGGCCGCGCUUUUACGCCACAGCCUCACCACCGAUCCCCGCGAUACCGCUUUAUAGAAGACAAGAGAGCGAAGUGGGUCAUUGUACGGUUGGCAAUUCCUGUUUAGAACUUGGGCCAGCAGGAGCAGAUGCUUGCUGCUCUGACGACAGAUACUGUUAUCUAAACACCACUUGGGGGGCACAAUGCUGCUCUAUAGGGAAUGAUUGUAAGGAUCAAGACUCGCCGUGCGACGAGGACCAUAUUUAUUGCAACGCUACAAUCACUUCUACUACGACGAUCGCCACAUCGCCUUCCAUAACAGCACUUGUACAGACCAGCUUGUUGCCUGGAUGCUGCCCGCGAUCUUGCAGUACCUCUUCUUUCCUCUGUCAAAAGGGGUUCGGUGGGCAGUGCUGUGGAUAUGGAGAGGAGUGCCGUUCUGGCGGCUCUUGCUUCAUGCCCGCUACAACCCCGCAGCCCACCGUUGCGACUAUUGUCCCAUCGGGGUGUACUACAUCGCAAAUUUCCUGCGAGACGGGUGGCGGGUGUUGCAAUUUUGGGAGUAUCUGUACCUCAUCCUCUUUAGCUGCGACAGUUACCCAGCUUUGCGUAGCCAACCUAACCGUUGUCGAUAACGGCGGUAGCGGCCUCUCUGAUGGCGCUAGAGUUGGCAUUGGUGUGGGUAUCGCUGUAGGUGCUGCUAUCAUUAUCGGUGGAGUGACAUGGUUCUGGAUCCAUCGCCGUCGAGUUGCAAAGUCGCGUGAAGGCGGGCCGCAUGAGCAAAGGCCAUUCGUACCUCAAGGCGGUGCUAACACAGAUAUCACGAGUCCGUCCAAUGGAAUGAGCACAAGGCCACGCAUCCACGAAACCGGACUCGCUCAUACUUAUUAUGGCCCCGAUGCCGUGCCCGGUCCAUUCACGGAUCGCACGGAUAGCACCACGAUUCAGGGGACUGAGCCUAGAUCGAGUCCAGGGUUCUCCGAACGAGCCAUGAACGCCCAUCAGUACCCCGAAAACCCGGGUGACGUUAGACCACCGGUCGAGAUGGGGACAGAGGAGCGUUCGCCCGCAGAACUUGGAGGAGUCGGAUUUGCUGUUGAGAAGAAAAAUCUCCUUUCAAGUGACACACCAGCUAGGGAGGAGUUUAAUGGGCCAUUUGAAUUGUACGGUAGUCCCGGAACGUCACCACAACCAAUGAACCCGGAGGAAGCGGAGGAGCACAGGACUAAUGGGAUUUCACCUUCGCCUCCACCUGCGCCAAAAUCGGAUCAACAAGGGAAUGAUGGGCACAAAUGAGCGGGUUAAGGAAAAUAGGAUGAAAUUUCUGGCGUAUUAUCCUAAUCCUGAUUUUAACGAAUACAUAUGAACUUGAAUGAAUGCGACUGAAUACCCCUUUUAAUUUAUAGACGAACGCCGCGCCUUUCCUUUCCGAAAAACUCCUUCGUAACGCCUUUCAUAAGCAUUAUGCAAUGUAACAGACAUUAUUA